GACAAAGCUGUGAGCAUCAGGAAACACCCUGUUUUUUUUCCAAGGGAAACCUAGGAAUCUUUUAUGACCACACAGAGUCAUGAUCUCCUUUUUACAUCUCAUCCAAAGGAUGGCACCAAUUUUACAGCACAGUGUCCCAUUAUUCCAGUAAGACACUGGGGUCCACACACAGACCACAGGGUAAACACUCUCUAUUGGCCUCACUAACACAUCUUUCAGCAACAACCCAAGCUUUUCCUAGAUGGACUUUCAUCCAAGAGCUGUCCGGGCCCAAACACACUUAACUUCAGUUGGAUUAUCACUUUGGAAAUGCAGGUGGUACAGCUGCUGGCACCUCCUCACCUUUAGGCCCCAUGGUUAUAUUUAUUAUGCUUAAUUGAAGACGUUAUCUUAUUAUCACCACCUCAGCAAUACAGAUUGGCGAGCGACUUAAGAGAUACGGGCCUAAUAUGGAAGACCUUGAGAAGUACUGCUUUACUGAAGAAGGGGAGCUGAGGCAGAAAGAAACUUGUGAAGCUUUUGUGUUCAGCUACUAUAAAGAUGACUAUGAGAGCAACCACCUUCGAUACCAGGCUUUGGGGCAUUUAAUUACCCAACACGUAUACAGGGUUCUUGAGGAGAAAUGCAAUCUGCAACGAGUCUACAUUCCCAUACAAGCCAGCGAGCAAGAGGCCAAGAGUCUGUUUUUUAUGAGCCCUGGGGCUUUGGAUAACCCAAAGGGACUUAUAAUUUUGAUUCAAGACCGAGGAGCCGUUCGUGCAGGUCAGUGGAGCAUAAAGGUGAUUGCCUCUGAGGGUAUGGAAAAAGGAAGCCAAAUCCCAUAUAUCAAAAAGGCACUGGGUGAAUCUUCAGGUGUCAUUGUAAUGAACCCAAAUGAUAAUUUUUUAGAAUUAUUUGGUGAGUGUGAUGCCACCACUGAAUACAUAAUGUCUGAGAAAGGAGAGUUUAUUAAUAAAUGUAUGAAAGACAAAAGAUUUGUCCCACUUGCCAAAAGAGGCAGCACAACCCCAGAGGAACAUGUGCGAUACAUCUGGGACCACUUUAUUGCAAAUUCCUCAGCAAAUCAAAUCGCUGUUGUUGCUCACGGGUAUGGAGGGUUGGUUUUCAUGGACCUUCUAUCCCAACGCAGUGAGCAGGUGCAGAAAAGGGUUUAUGCUGUAGCUUUGAUUGACUCUGUUCAUAACAUGUGGCACCAAAUUAAAGAUAAAGAAGUACAGAAAUGGAUCCAGAAACACUGUCGAAAAUGGGUUCUCAGUUCCAAACCUAUUGACCGUUACACAACUUUCAUGAAAGUGGAUUGCCCACAAGUGUCUGCAGGGACAGAAAGCCGUGAAUAUGCUCCCUGGAGAUGCAUUCAAUCAGUCUUUAGAUUUUUCGGAAGAAUCCUGAAGGGCAAGACUACACAUUUUUCAAGGGAUGUCAUUAUCACACGAAGCAAAAGUGAGAAAAAACCGACCCCCCCUUCUAAAGAGCAGUGGACAAACAGAUGCUUAAAUCGCAAAACCAGUGGUGUAGGGCGCUCAAGAACAUCAUGUUAAAAUGUUUGUUUCAAUCUUCCACUUCAAGGGUGCACUGAUGUUUCAAGAUGUAGUAUUAUCUAAAUAUUAAUAGAAUAAAUUUUUUAUUCAUUUUCUGUGCAUGCAUCAAUUUAAGAAGCAAGUAGAUUAUAAAGAAAUUUAAUUGUUCAUUGAGUGUGCAUGGUUCAUAGUUAACAUUCAGCAGGAUGCCCCCGACCUAUUCAUUAAAAAAGCUUGUCCAGUGAAGCCCAUUUCAUGUACUGGUACAAUCCAAGUUAGAAAAUGUAACAUUUUUUAGCCUUGUAAUAACCCAGGAAAGUUUUAAUUUUACAGUUUACUAUUAUAGCUUACAGGAUCUGGUGACAUUAUAA